AUGCGCUUCUCGACGAAAUCGGCCCUUAUGGCACUGCCGCUCCUGGGCGCUGCUGCUGAGGACGGCGGCCUGUUCGGCCAGUACCGCGCGCAGUUCCAGAACCUGCUGGGUUCGCUCGGUGUCGGCGCCCCCGAAGCUGCCACCGGCGAUUCUGCUUCGUCUGGGCCAGCUACUGGCGGCGCUGCCCCGGCGACCGGUUCUUCCUCCACUACCCCAACCGAGCUGACUCUCAGCAACUGGGAGAGCACCCUCUACUCGACGGUCAAGCCGGAUGCUACGAUCCCCGAGGAGUGGCGCAUUCUGAUCACGGGCCGCAACAAGACUUGCUUCGGCCACUGCGCUAUCAUCGAGUCGGCUUUCUACGCCGCAACCGUCAAGACGUCCGCUGCCACCAGCGCGCACGCCGGCAUCAUCAACUGCGAUGACCAGCCCGUCCUGUGCAACAGCUGGUCGUCCAGCCCCGGCUACCUGUACAUCUUUGAGCUGCUGCCCAAGCCGGCCAAGACCGACAUCUACGUAAAGCGCCUGAACUUCACCACGUCGACCCCCGAGACCUAUGUGAACCUGUACGAGGACAAGGCGCGCACCAACUUCCAGCAGCUGGACGGCUACUUUCACCCGCUCGACGGCCAGCUGGCCGAGCUUGGCCUGGCUGUCCCCAUUGGCUACGUCCUGUGGUUCUUCAACGCGGUGCCCAGCUGGAUGUUUAUGAUUGCCGUCUCUUUCGUCAGCCGCACCUUCAUGGGUCGCCGUGCUCCCGGUGCCGGCCGCCCGGGCGCUGGCCCUGCUGGUGCUCCCGCCGCUGCGCACUAA